GUAAACAGCAAAUUGGCUUUGCUGUACUUGCUACGGUAGCUUGACUGCAUAGUUCCAAAAAAUAAUUAAUUGAUAAACAUAACAAUGUUAUCAAACAGUUCUGACUGCUAAUAAUAGUACAAUAGAUUUAGGACUAUCACUCCAAAGGGACCAACGCGACUUCGCGUGUAUAAUGUACUGAUAACAAACUACAAUUGAAAAUUCUAUUGGUUCAUCAUGCCGAGGCCAGACGCUAACUCCCACAUCCGGGAAGCGGCCGAGUCCCUUCUCAGCACAGUGUCUAAUCCAAAUUAUAGGACGAUAUCUCACUCCCAAUCAGUGAACAUAGUGUCGGAGGAACUAGUCGCCGGGCACAGACCUCAGGGCAGGAUGUCUACGGUGAGACGGUUCUUCUGUUUGUUUGUGACAUUCGACCUCCUGUUCACCGGCCUCAUGUGGCUUAUAUGCGUUAUGAUGCGUGGUGAAACCUUGGAACAGAUAUUCGACCGUGAAAUUGUACAUUAUAACGUUAAAACUUCACUAUUUGAUGUAGUGCUGUUAGCUAUAACGAGGUUCACAACACUGUUAUUAUUCUACGCUCUAUUAUAUAUUAACAAUUGGAGCGUUAUAGCUCUAUCUACGGGCGGAACCUGUGCUUUUUUGAUGGCCAAAGUCUUUGUUUUUGAUUGGCCCAACGCCGCCCAGCCGGUGUACCAAGUGUUCCUGAUCCUGACUUCCUUCACGAUAUCCUGGAGCGAAGCGUGGUUCCUGGACUUCAGGGUUCUCCCUCAGGAGUUGCAGGCCAAGGAGAUACUGGAGUGUAUUACUUCACACGGUAACGCGGUAACCUGUGAGCGGACGCCGCUUAUAUCCGCCCAUCGCACCGCGCCCCACUCCACUUUCGGAGAGUCCACUGUGAACUGGUUCUCACCCGUUGACACUCCCGAGGCCAGCCCGAGGCCCAAGAGGCCCGGGGAGACUGUUAUACUGACCCAGGAUCAGAUAGAAGAAUAUAUAUCGCAGGCCGAGGAGAGUUUGACGAACUCAUGGCGGGUGAUAAACAUGGAGAACUGGCAUUUGGAGAAGAGGGGCCAGCACGGGGACGUGGUGGAGUCCAAGAAGACCGAGUUCGGGAAGGUGUACAGGUUUACAGGUGUAGUAGAAUGCCCGCCCCAGUUCCUCUUCAAAGAGUUUAGGGACAAUUUGCAAAGACUGCCCGAGUGGAACCCCACCAUACUUAAGAGCGAAAUGAUCAAGGAAAUAGCUCCAGGCAUCGACCUGUCUUACCAAGUGACCGCUGGUGGUGGCGGCGGCAUCAUAGCGCCGCGAGACUUCAUCAUCCUCAGACGCACGGCGGCUCUCUCAAGGGACGGCCUCGUGGUGGAAGACGAGACGCCAUACGCUUAUAUCAGCAGCGGGAAGAGCGUGCAAGUGCCCGGGUACCCUCCUUGUCCCAAGAUGGUGAGGUGAGUGGCUUUGAAACAGGGUUUUGUUACACUUUCGUCAUUCCUCCGUCUAUCUGCCGUCAUUUCCUCUUCAAUUUUGCGUCAUUACCUCGCCAAGUGUUCGCCAUUCUCUCUCCAAUCUUGCGUCAUUACCUCGCCAAUUGUUCGUCAUUCUCUCUCCAAUCUUGCGUCAUUACCUCGCCAAUUGUUCGUCAUUCCCUCUCCAAUCUUGCGUCAUUACCUCGCCAAUUGUUAGUCAUUCCCUCUCCAAUCUUUCGUCAUUACCUCACCAAUGUCUCGUCGUAUAUUCUGGUCUGCUUUUGCACCGGAGAUGGUUAGAUAACUGUCUUUGAAGCCACAUUUCUCCUCUAAUUCCCCCAUCAUAGCGCCGCGAGACUUCAUCAUCCUCAGACGCACGGCGGCACUCUCGAGGGACGGCCUCGUGGUGGAAGACGAGACGCCAUACGCUUAUAUCAGCAGCGGGAAGAGCGUGCAAGUGCCCGGGUACCCUCCUUGUCCCAAGAUGGUGAGAGGUGACAAUAAAGUUGGCUGCUGGUUCAUGAAGCAUCUGAACAAGAAGAGUAGCAGUGGGAGUGUGGAGAGGUGCACCACAUUCCAGUGGCUCAUGUGCUGUGACCUCAAAGGUAAAAUACCACAAUUUGUUCUCGACACGGCGUUUGCAACGGUAAUGUUGGAUUAUAUAGUGCACGUGAGGAAGUUCGUCGCUGAGUCCAAAGCUAAGGGUCUCUUUUAAGAUAUUACAUGCCGCUUUCUAUCCCUAGACAGGCAGGAAACAACACUUUCUUUAAGAUAUUACAUGCCACUUUCUAUUCCGAGACAGAUGGAACACUAGUGCCUGUUUUUAUACAUUGUGUGCCGUUUUGAUAUUUGUUUAAAAGCAGUGUUUUCAAGAUAUAUGUGUUAAUUUAUGAAAGUUACUGCCUAUCCCCAUAAGGGGAUCUCAUAUUAUUUCUGCCUAUGAAGGAGUUUUCAGAAAGGUUCUAUGUCAAAUUAAAUUUUAACAAAUCUUUGAAUAAAAAGAAGAAAAAUAAAAAUAAAGAAACAACAAAUACAUAUAUGUAUUUUUUAAUUAUUUUGAUUUUAUGUAAGAUAAGCACUUUAAAAAUAUAUAUGUAAAACAACAGUUGUAAAACUUGGCUUCAACACUACUGUGCGACCAAAAAAAGGGUCUCAACAAAUAUAAUAUUUUAUUGUGAACAAUUUUUAUUACACAGUUAUAAAACGUGCCCAUGACACUACCGCUAAGAGCUAUAAAACAAUAUUUGUUACGGAAUAGUAAAUAAUUUCGAGUGCUUUUUUUUUACAAUUUAGGGACAACAUAUUUAACACAAAAAACAUGUGGAAAAAAUGGCAAAAUAUAAUAAAGGAAAGAGAUGGAAUAACAUACUCUUUUCAUAUUUCACAAAUAAUUAUUUUAUUUGCUUCCUUAUUAGUUAUUAAGACAUAUAUUUAAAAACAUAUUUGAGCAUUUCCCUGUCCAUACUAUGUAACUUUUAGUUUUAAGCUAGUGAACAUCUGAAAUUUAUUAAAAUCUAUGAUUGUUUAAAUAAAAAAUAGGAAAUAUGCGACCCACUUUGUUUUCACUUGAGAUUUUUAUUUUAUUGUCUAACGUGGUAACUAUUGUACAUUUAACCAUAUCUUUUUUAUAAAGUGCUAAAUUGUAAACACGUUUAUAUUUUUUUUUUACAAUACUUAUAAGAACGCGUAAAAAAAUUUUGCGAUAAGAAUUGAUACGU